AUGGGUGCUCCAGAAGUGGAAGAGCAUCCUUGGAAGAUGAGGAGUGAUCUGGAAGACCCACCACAAGCAUCACCCCUGGAAAUGUGGUAUUGUGCAUCAAGAAUUCAUCUCCCCCGGGGCCAGACCGGGAAUCGAAAGGUCUUCUGCAAUGUUUUGAAGCAUUUGAAGGGGGACAUUCAGCGAAAGCAACUGGGUCUCCGGAGCACAAAGAAUUGGAUUCUUCAUGACAACAAUGCACCCUAUCACAGAGCUCUCCUCACCAAAAACAGCAUGGCAUCACUUCCACACUCACUCCAUUUGCCAGAUUUAAUACCUGCAGACUUCCUCAAGAUGAAAAUACAGCUCAAAGGUUGCCGUUUUAACACAUUGACAUCAAGAUCCAAAGUGAUCCUCAACUCACUUACAGAAAACAACUACCAGGCUUGA